AUGGAUUUCAUUCUAUCCUUGACGCACUUCUGCGAAGUGCAUGGCCCGACAUCCGUCCUCUGUUCCCAAGUGAUACCCUCCUCCUGCGCGCAAUGUUACCCAGACACCUAUGACAUCUCACCUAGCGAUACUCCCUUGUCCUCUCACGCCACUUCCCCUUCCCUGCAUUCCCGUGACGCUGGUCGACCUGGAAAACCCGAUCAGCAAUCUAUAACGCCACCGGAUAUCGCCGUCAGCAGCUCUCUAAACGGCUGCUCCUCAUCUAGCCUCGAUCCCCUACCCUCCCCUCUCGCUUCAGCCCCAACGCCCAGCCAGCGAAUAGAAGACCAUCCCUGGUUCUUGAACCGGCUAUCAGGCCGCGCUGAUACGGACAGACUUAGUCGCAUUGCUCGUGCUGAUAGUGAAACCUGCGCAAGCUGCAGCCUAACAGUCCCAAAGGGAGUAAGUAAACAGCUUCCACCCGGCGGGCCGGGAACUUUGAAGGAAGAUGGCAAAAGUAGGAAUGGAAGUCCCGUGCUACGCUCCAGGGAAGUUGUAUACUCCUGUAGCGGAUCGCGAGCGGAUUACAACACAGAACCCCACCAACGCCAUUCGUCUCCAGCCUCACUUCACUCCUCCGUCUCGUCGGAAACAUCCUCAUGCCAUACACAUAUCGUAAACUACCUCUCCUUACGCGGUCCGCCAAAUCCCGACGACUAUGCUCUUCUACGCAGCGCUUCAAUCCGAACACUGAGCUGUGAGCUCCUCCCCCGUGGGCUCUCAUCUGGGCCCUUAUCAUUCGGCGACUCCUCCGCCGGCUACACUAUCGCUUAUGUCUUUCGCCUCCCAGACCCCAUGGCUCGCGGCAAACGCCGCAGCUAUGCGCUCAUUGCCCUGGCAGGCAAGGACGCUGGAAGGGCCUUCCGCGCUUCCCCAGUCAUCUGGCGCGUUUUCGGCCGUAUUGCCGCGAGCAUCGUAAAUGCAGCCGAGCGACACCAGGACUCGGAAAAACGCAAGGAAGAGGGCGCGGUUUCUAAAGCUGGUGCUGGCGCUGCUACUACUGCCAGUAUGGCCAACGGACGCAACUACACGCCCAUAUCCUCGUUCCUAACCGGCCGAACCCUAGAUCCAGACGGCCAACCGCGCCGCGCCGGCCAGAUUCGUGCUCGCAAUCUUGCAGAGAUCGUGGAGAACGAAUACAUCUUUACAGAACUACAUGCGCAAUUUGUCGCGUUGCUCCAGCAGCUGUGUGCCAUGUUUGGCGGACCCCGUAUCCCGGACGAUCGCUCGGUGUGCAGCUCGUUUGAAGAGGACACGUUUUCCCCCCGUCGACAGUCAUUGUCCGGGGAUUGCGGGAAAGGGUCUACUGGCACCGGUGCGACCACUGCUAGAUCAAACGGCCCUGUCGAUACGAGUAAUCCUGGGCGUGGUUAUGAUUCCUCCUCUGUCAUUCUCCCCCCCUCCCCGAAACCAAUACCCAUAUCCCAUCGCGGACGACAGCUAGCAGCCUAG